GCAAAAUGUGUACCCAAGCUAUUUAAGAAAGUCUUCUAUUGUAUAACUAAUACCCGUAACAUAACUCCGUGUUCUCAUCAAUGAAAGCGAGUGCAACAAUUUGAGCGGUUGCUACAUAUACUAAUGCGAUGAGAUCACAGUUUCCUUUGUUCCUGGUGCUGGGAAUAGUUUUCCUAGCAUCAGUUUCUGUCUCAUUAACGGAGAAGCCGAGUCGGAGCAAAUGUGUGCAGACAUGCGAGAGCGAGAAAGAUGCGUCCAGGGUCCAAAAAUGUCAGCUUCGUUGCAAGCACGUUUCUGAGCGUGGGAAAAAAGAAAACGAAGAAGAAAGAGUGAUUCCUGAGCCCCACCCAUCACACGAGGAGAGGGGGCCUCGAGAGAGAGGACACCAAGAGGGUGAGAAGAAGGAAGAGGAGAAAGAAGAGCGUGAACAACCGCGUCCAUUUCCAACUCCACACUCAAGAGCGCAUGAGCGUGAAGAAGAACAAUGGAAAGGACGGCAACGUCGUGAAGAUCCCGAAGAGAGGGAGAGGGUGAGGCAGAGGGAGAAAGAGGAAGAAAUGAGAGAGAGGGAGAGAAAUACCGGGAGCACCAUGAGAGCCGAGAAGAAUUGGUUUCAAGUGGAAAAAAUAACCCUUUCUACUUCAACUCUGACAGGUGGUUUCGCACUCUAUACAGAAACGAAUGGGGUCACAUUCGGGUCCUCCAGAGGUUCGACCAACGCUCCAAACAAAUUCAGAAUCUUGAAAACUACCGUGUUGUACAGUUUGUAAAAUAAACUUAGUGGACAACCAACCACCCUAGGUCUUCCACUCUGACCAUUAUCUCCAUUCUGCACCAUCCAUUUUGCUCCAUUAAGUUGCCCACCAUACCACUCAAAUUUGGAUUUUAGUGUCCACCAUUUUCAGCUACUCCACUACGUUUUGGAUUGUUUUGUCUAUGCUCUUCUAUAAAUAGAAGCACCGUGUGUGUGUAAAAUAUCAAGAAAGUGAAAGAAAAAUAAAUAGUGCUUGUGUAGUGUGCCGUGAAGGAAGAGAGAAAUAUAGUGGUGUAUGUAAGCUUUUAGAGUGUUGUGAGAAAGAAAGAGUGAAGUAUUCUGUGUGAGCUUGUAUUUCAAAGUUUCUUAAUAAAGAGAUAAUUUUCUUAGAUACCAACAAAUUGGUAUCAGAGCU